GGAGCUGCUGCCACCGCGCCUAAAGUGCUAAAGGGAAAAAGUGCAGGACGGGAAAAAAAAAUCAUCCAUCCAUACAGUAGAAAAGCAGCUCAAAUUACAAGAGAGGCCCACAAACAAGAGAAAAGGGAAAAGUGAACUGGGGCAUUCAAUGAUGAUCCUGAAAUUAGAGUUUUUGGGGGGGUAGUUCUUGUUGUUUUUGACAGAUUUUUAAUGUUUGCUUUAGAAAUUUUCUGAUGUGUGUAUAUAUAUAUAUACCUUUUCUUCCAAGAUUGAAGAAUGAAAAGGCCUUGCGUCUUAACCUUAUUGGUGAAAAACUUCAGUGGUUUCAAAAUCAUCUUGAUCCUCAAAAAGUGAGAUAUUCAAAGAAGGCUGCUUGUGAAUUAAUUGAAAGGUAUUUAAAUCGAUUCAGCAGUGAGCUGGAGCAGAUUGAGUUACAUAACAGCAUCAGAGACAGGCAGGGAAGGCGGCACUCCUCCCGGGAGACAGUCAUCAAGCAGACGAUGGAGCGUGAGCGGCAGCAGUAUGAAGGUUAUGGCCUUGAAAUUCCAGACAUUGUGGAUGCGAAUAAUCUGAAAACUUUGAGGGAAUGGAAUUUCGAUCUGAAGAAACUGCCAAACAUUAAAAUGAGAAAAAUUUGUGCUAAUGAUGCACUUCCCAAGAAGUGUGAGAAGAAAACUAUUAUAACUGCAGGCGAAGAUUUGGGGGAUCUGGAAAUAAAAGAUGAAUCAAGCGACUCUGAUGAGGAAAUGACUGCAGUGGACUAAUUGCCGUGACUUGAAUUGAAAACAGAUAAUUUGAGACUUUCAA